AUGAGCCAGCAGACCGACAGGACGUUCGAUUUCGGCGGCACGGCCGGCCAAGGCGGCCAGCAGCAACAAGCAGGUUACGCUGACCCCAGCCAGCAGGGUUACGGCCAAACCACCGGGGGAGGCAACCCCGGCGCGUUCGCACAGAUGGGCUCCGGCCAGGCGGACUACCAGUCCGGUUACCAGUCCGGUUACCAGACGGGUUACCAGGCCGGUUACGGGGCCGCAUAUGCCGGCGGAUAUACCGGCUCGGGAGACGCUGGCGCCGCGGGAGAUGACAUGGGCGACGACGCCCGUGGUGACGUCACCACGGUGUCGGGAGAGGAGGGCUCGGCCCCAGGGGAAAGGAGGGGAGAGCCCCGUGACGUAAAGGAGAUCCCGGUGAAGGAGGGGCCGCUAGACCCGGGGGCCGGAUAG